AUGGACUUCAAUCUGAAGCAAUGGAGAGAACAGCAGCAUCAGCAGCUGCAAAUGCAGCAGCUGCAUGAGUCAGAAGAACAAGAACAGCUAACUCAAACACCGCCUGCAAAGCUACCAAGACUUCUCUUUCACUCUAAUCAUCCACAACAAGAACAAAUCCAUUCAGAAGCUGCCCUUCCUUUGUUUGUUACUGAACCUACUACCACCACCAAGCUCACUACUGCUGCAGCAACCAAUCUGUCAGCAUUCCCAUUCCCUGCUGCUGAUUCCUCAUCCCCUGCUGUCACCAAAUACCCUGUUUCCAGGAUGGGAGGAGGUUACUUCAGCGUGGCCCAGUGGCAGGAACUAGAACUACAGGCAUUGAUCUUCAGACACAUGUUAUCUGGUGCAGCUGUUCCUCCUGAACUACUUCAUCUUGUUAAGAAAAGCAUCAUCAACACCUCUUCUCAUCCUUAUUAUUACUCUCACCCUCUUGCCCACUUUUCUCAUUACCAGCCCGCAGCUUGUUCAAUGGAUCCGGAACCAAGGAGAUGCAGGAGGACCGAUGGCAAGAAAUGGAGGUGCUCAAGAGACGUGGUGGCUGGGCAGAAGUACUGUGAACGCCACGUGCACCGCGGCCGAAACCGUUCAAGAAAGCCUGUGGAAAACCCCACUCCAGCCGGUGGCAAUAAUGCUGCAAAUCUGUCCGCUGGAAUUCUUAAAUCCAACAACUCUCAGCCACUGGGAGCAAUGGCUGGAAAUGGCACUUCUCAUUUUGCUUUUAAUGGGCUCUCCCCAUCCGUUGAUCAUCUGCAAUUUAAUCAAAGAUCUUCAGAUAUCAAAGUUGAAACUCAAAAUGAUGCAGCCGGAAGUGAUAAAUCAAACGGUCAGAUUCUUCGACCUUUCUUCGAUGAUUGGCCGCGGAGACCGCUUCAACAAAAUGAGGAUUCAGGAAGGAAUAAUAUGGAGCCUGAUAUGGUUUCAAAUACCAAUCUUUCAAUAUCGAUUUCAGGCAACCCAACGUCCGAUUUUUCUUUAAAGCUUUCCACUGGUAACAGAGAUGAUGAAUCUGAUGGUGAUCCAACAGGAAACAUUGGGCUGGAAAGAACUCACCCAAAUUGGGCUGCUGCUCAAUGGGGAACGGCCCAUGUAUCCUCAAUGGGUGGACCGCUUGCGGAAGCUUUGAGGUCAUCGACCUCCAGUUCUUCCCCAACCAGUGUUCUGCAUCAAUUACAGAGAGGAUCUGCGUCCGAGGCUAGCUAUAUCAGCUCUUGA